AUGGCGCCUGAAAAGCCUCUGCCGCUGCCGGACCAGUUCUCAGAUGUCGAUGAAUAUGUAGACUCGCUAUUAGCAUUUGGAUCAUCAUCCAAUCUUCUACAGACACUAUGUGGAGGCGUGCAUAUACUGGACUUUUUCACACGGACCCCGGAUCUAUACUCGCUGGUACUUCCAUGGGAAUGGCGAGAUUGGGUCAAAUCUGUGGAUAUGAUGGAUUUUCUCGAUCUUCUCAUGAGGGAGAAAUUAGACAAGUUUGAUGCUCAUGCAUCUCUAGAUGGCUCAGAAAGAGCUAAGGAAGACUCAUGGCGUGGGGCCCCGCUGCCUCCCAAGAGCUUGGUCCAGUACAUCCAGAAUGUCCGGAGGCAUAGCUUGAGGCGAGAUUUCCAUACUAUUGGUUCAUCAAGCAAGGCUUCGGCUUCGAAAGAACCAUCUAUGGCACGUCACGUUGCCGUAGGCAUGAAGGUCAAAAAGGUCCACGAAGUAGACAACUUCGCCCGGUAUGUAGACAAGCUGACCGCGGACAUUGCAGUUGCUCGAGACCGAGAGAUCACGCAUCUUGUAGACUUUGGAUCUGGUCAGAACUAUCUCGGCCGCGCUCUGGCAAGCCAACCGUACAACAAGCGUAUCAUUGCGGUCGAAAGCAAAGAACACAACAUUGAGGGAGCAAAGAACAUGGACGUGCACGCAAAGCUUGCGCCGAAGCUUAAGAUCAUGCGGAACAAAAAGGAGUAUCGUGCUGGGCUCGAUGAUGCCAAAGCUAUGAAAGACCAGAGCAACACAAGAGAGAUGUCUUUGCGGACCAAGAAUAUAUGCAGCAACGGGUACUUUGCCACUAGCACCGAGCAAUCAAACGGCACGCGUGACGAAGACAGCACGCCCUCGAACGAAGAUGGAGCUGUUAGCCAAACACAAGUUGAAGGCGCAGGCUCCAUUCAAUACGUAGCCCACCGGAUAACGGACGGCAACCUCGCACCCGUAAUCACCCAGAUCUUUGGAGAACCCGCCAUCGAGUCACCUCAAUCCAAGCAAUCGUCUUCCACCACGCCGUCGGCUUCUACAGAUCUCUCUCCCGCUUCACCAACGGCAUCUACAGAUCCCAGUCUGCUAGUCCUCUCCCUCCACUCCUGCGGCAACCUCCUACACCACGGCCUGCGCUCCCUUCUCCUCAACCCCAGCGUGCACGCCGUCGCAAUGAUAGGCUGCUGCUACAAUCUCAUGACCGAGCGGCUUGGGCCCCCAACCUACAAGCUCCCCUCGCUCCGGCCCGCCCACCCCCGACUCGACGCCACCUCCAACGCCUGCGACCCGCACGGCUUCCCCCUCUCCCAGCGGCUCGAGCACUACGCACCUCUCGUCCACUCUCCAUUAACCGGUGCCCCAGAGGCCGCGACUCCGAACACGGGGUUCCGCCUCAACAUCACCGCACGUAUGAUGGCCGUCCAGGCGCCCCAAAACUGGGGCCGGUCCGACAGCGAGGCAUUCUUCACGCGGCACUUCUACCGCGCCUUACUCCAGCGCAUCUUUCUGGACCGCGGGGUGGUGACGGCACCAACAGGUGCGAACGACGUUGUAGGCGGGCGAUCUCCGGCCGGCUGGAGCGGGCGAAGCAGCGGCGGGCAACCGAUCAUCAUCGGGAGUCUACGGAAGCGGCAUUAUGGCUCCUUCGUCGCGUACGUGCGGGCGGCGGUCGAGAAGCUCACGGCUGUGGACCCCGGGGUGGGGGAUGCGGAGGGGGAGAGGGCGAGGGCGGCGUUCUUUGCGGAGAAGAUGGCGGGGUUGGAGGAUGUGGAGAUUGAGGCGUACGAGGCGAGGUUUGGGGAGAGAAAGAAGGAGCUGAGUGUUGUGUGGAGCUUGAUGGCCUUUAGUGCGGAAGUGAUCGAGGCGAUCAUUGUGGUUGAUCGGUGGCUUUUUCUGAGGGAGCAGGAGUGUGUGAGGGAUGCGUGGGUUGAGCCGGUUUUUGAGUAUGGAAUGAGUCCAAGGAAUUUGGUGGUUGUGGGAAUCAAGAAAUGA